AUGUGCGCGCGUACGUUUUGCGCGUUCUCACGCCUCCCGACUUGCCGCCUGGCCCUCGGGCCCAGGCCGCACAUGUCGAUUCGACCUGGAAUCGAACACCACACGUGGGGCCUAUCUCGGUUCAAAAUUCCAUCCAGUUUUGGCGAAUCUGCACACGCGUAUAGGUGUCCACUGAGCGAGUUUGCAAGUCAUACGCAAGAGGAUCGGGCAAGCAGCCAUACAAACACAGUAAGAUCUACAGACUUGAUCAAUCCGUACAUCACAUUUCCACCAGCCACCAGUCACAUGGAGGAAAACGAGUCGAACUCGUCUAGUGCUUUGGAUGGAAGUGAAGAACAAUUUAAAUCAGUUCGAACGAAAGUUAACAAUGGAGAUGUUGCGUUCGGGGUUUUUAUCCGUAAGCUGACCCAGGAGUUACUGGACUAUCGCUUACCAAUUACACAACAAUCACAUCCACGUCUAAUGCAAAUUGAAGAAGCUUGUCGUCGUGAAUUUCCACAGUUCACUUCUCGUCAGAUUCGUUUAAAGAUUCGAGCCCAACUGAAAUUGCAUCGUCGAACUGUGAAAAAAGCGAAGGACAGCAAUCCGUUUGGUUCUGGCUACAAACCUCUAUCAAACAAACCCAGACCAAUUCUACCAUGGGGUGCUCCGCCAGAUUGUCCUCCGGUUACCGAAAUUGUCUCGACUCCAUAUGAUCGAGAUUUUGUGCAGAACACACCAGCAGCAGCAGGAGCAACAGCCGCGUCGGUGACCCAACUCCAAAGUUCACUGCUGGAUCAACAACGGAACUAUCAAGGCUUACCGGAACAAAGAAAAUCCAACCAACAGAACAACAGUAUUGUACAGCAUUCAUUUGAUGGACAAAACAAUGCUCCGGUUACAGAUGGGGAGCUUGCCAAAAUUCCUGAAGUGGUUCCGUUCAUGACGUACCUCCCCGAGUUUGCAAACAAAAUAGGAAGUACAACCACACCGAAUGAGACCAAUGGGGCAAACGAUUCCGUUGUUCCCCCCGCAGUGAAUUUUGGUCUAUUUACACCUUUUGGUUGGAAUGCCUUGACAAACUUCAACAAUUUGUGUCGUAAUGUGGAACUGUCCUCUGGGCCUGAGGAGACAAAACCGGAUCAAUCGAUCAGCACGCCAAUUCCAUCCCUGGGUUUCCCAUUCACAUCCGGUGAAUCACAAUCCUCUACAAACGAAUUGGAUUUCGGCGUGCUGCUUCAACUGAUCUCUCAGUUCAGUACAAAUCUGAAAGGCAACUCAUCAAAUGAUUGUGUCAACAACCUAGUCAAUCAAACUUCCAGUGACUGUACGGAACCAAACGAUAAUUUACCGCCCACUCCAAACCCGGCAUCAAAUCUUCUGGCCACCUCGUUGCGUAUAAGUGCUAGCCUGAUCAUGCAAAGUGCCCAGCUGUUCGAAUUCGUCGGUCUAGCGGCGGCCGCAGCUCGAACCCUGAUGUCAACGAACAAUUCGGAACCGGCGGUCACAAUAGCGUCACCAAAUCCGAUGGACCGCAGCGCGGCAAAUUCGAAUUCGCCCGAUAUAUGA